GUCAGCCCGUAGAGAAAAUCGCCAUUUUUGAUGGAAAACAUUUUAGUCAAACGCGAAUUUACCUGUUGAAUGGUGUUCUAUCGAACAGUUUUUGAUUAUUUACGAAGGCGGCUAUUAUGGAAAUUCAGUUUUCUUUACAAAGUUUUAUAGUUUUUAUAUUUGUUUUAUCAAUUUUAAAAACAGGUACAGCAAUAAGGUGUUACGAAUGCGUAGGAAGAUUGGGUCCAGGAGAUACCAGUCCAUGUCUAUAUGGUGACGAAACUCAACUUCGAAGAGUUCAUUGUAUAGGACCUUCCGUGUGUGCUGCUUACCAUUACCAAACAAUAAUGCCAGGAAUGCCUCCGAUCAACCAUAUAACCAGAGGCUGUCAGGCUUUAAGAUAUGGUGCCACGUGCGAAGAUAUUUUCCAGCAGCUGAGAAGAAGAAACGAGAUCUUACCUGGACAACACACCUGCACCACCUGUAGUACCGAUCUGUGUAACACUGGAAACCGUGCUCUUGGUGGAGGAGCUCUUUUGAUUCUUUUAGGGUUACUAUGUAGAAGGAUGAUUUAAGGUUAAUUAAAAAUCCGCAUUGGGUGUUUACGUACAAAGGGCAAUCAGUGUUGAGGAUUAUAGAGAAGAAUUUGCCUCAUUUUAAAAAGUUUUUAUUUUUUUAAUGUAGUUUUAAUCUUUUUAGAUGUUAUUAGUUUUUACUUCUGUUGACCAUUUUUUAUUAAAUACAAUUGA